CCUUCUCUCCAUUUCUCUCUCUCUCUCUCUCUCUCUCUCUCUAUAUCUAUAUAUAUAAGGGAUGAUCAUGUUGGUGGAUUUGAGAGACCUAGAAAGUUCUUUGUUGCAGUGAAUAGAGACAAAACGAAAUUCUUGUUCGCAAAUUUUACUCUACUUACGUGUAUAAAUAUAAUAAACUGCAACUGUUUUCAAUUUUAUCAACCCUGAAAAAUGGGGUUUCAAAAAACAUCUCUGUUUUUAGAUUUCAAAUAGAAGUCAGAGAGAGAGAGAGAGAGAGAGAGAGAGAGAGAAUUAAAAGGAAACCGAGUUAAAUUAGCUUUUAUUUAUUUAUUUAUUUAUUUAUUUUCAAAUCUAGAGAGAGAUCAGACAUUCGGCCGCGAGACCGUUACUGAAGAAACCAAGGCAAUAUAUAUAUAUAUAUAUAUGUGUGUGUGUGUGUUGUAUAGUUGACAAGGCUGAAAUUGAGUCUGGGUCUUUUCGAUGCCGUCUCGACUAUUGCGAUUUGCUUUGGACUCGGCUUCUGAUCUUGAGAAUUCCAGCUAUUAGUUGCUCUGUUUGUUGGCCAUCCCAACAAAUACUAUAUAUAUAUAUACAAACUUCAGAUUGGAUUGAUAUGCAAUGCAGAGGUCACGUAAAGCUCUUCUGCAAAGAAGAGCUCUGAAGAAGGCAAUUUGCGGAAGGAAUCACUUGUAUACUGUUUCUGUAUCUCUGCUUCUUGUUCUGUGGGGGCUCGUAUUCCUUUUAAAUAUUUGGAUCAGUCAUGGUGAUGGUUACAAUGAUGGAUCUGGAGAAUUUCCUGUUGGUGUAAAAACUUGGGAUGAAGAUAAACCCGGACUUAAUAAGGGCUCUUGUUCCAUAGAUAAAAAUCCUUUGGUGGAAAUUGAGUCAGAGGAGCAUGAGAAUUUCUGCACAACUGGUCCUAAAACCAAGAGUACCAGUUGUGAACUAGAAGUUAGCACAAAUGAGCCUAAAACCAAGAGUACCAGUUUUGAAUUAGAAUCUAGCGAAGGAAGUAAAAAAUAUUUUGCAGCUGUCGAAGAGCAAGCUGAGGUGGAGAGCACCAAUUUGGGUUCAAAAACUGGCAGGCUACCACGUACUGUGCAUCUGGGUCUUGAUGAAUUUAAGAGCAAAGCGUUCAAUUCCAAAAGUAAAUCUGUAACUGGUCAGGCUGGAAGCAUAAUACACAGAAUGGAGCCUGGUGGCAGAGAGUAUAAUUAUGCUUCUGCUUCAAAGGGGGCAAAGGUCUUGUCUUAUAAUAAGGAAGCCAAAGGUGCCUCAAACAUCUUAUGCAGAGACAAGGAUAAGUAUCUUCGAAGUCCAUGUUCAGCUGAAGAGAAAUUUGUCAUCAUAGAACUUUCGGAAGAAACCUUAGUGGAUACAAUCGAAAUUGCAAAUUUUGAGCAUUACUCGUCGAAAUUGAAGGAUUUUGAGCUUCUUGGUAGUUCAGCUUAUCCAACUGAUACAUGGGUUAAACUUGGCAAUUUCACUGCUGAGAAUGUGAAGCAUGCUCAAAGGUUUGUUCUUCAGGAGCCAAAAUGGGUGAGAUACCUGAAGGUCAAUCUUUUGACACAUUAUGGUUCAGAGUUCUACUGCACACUGAGUGUCGUGGAAGUUUAUGGAGUGGAUGCAGUUGAGAGGAUGCUCGAGGACCUGAUUUCUGUUCAGGAUAAUUUGUUUGUAUCUGAUGAUGAACAAAGUGAUGAGCAGAAGCAAAUGUCGUCCCAGCCAGUUCACAAUGAGGGUGAUAUUAAUCCAAAUAGUAAUGUUGAAGAGGAAUCUGAGUCUGCUAUUCAAAACACUGAUGUGAAAUAUAAACUUUCUACAAUUAAUGUGCCUGAUCCAGUUGAAGAAAUACGUCAUCAACAGAAUGGCAGGAUGCCUGGGGACACUGUUCUCAAGAUACUAAUGCAGAAAGUUAGAACAUUGGAUUUAAGUUUAUCAGUUUUGGAGCGAUAUCUUGAGGAAUUAAAUUCAAGAUAUGGCAGCAUUUUCAAAGAAUUUGACAUAGAAAUAGGAGAGAAAGAUGUUCUCCUAGAGAAGAUCAGAUUGGACAUGAGGAGUUUUCUUGACAGCAAGGAGAUCAUGAGUAAACAAGUUGGUGAUCUUAUUUCUUGGAAAUCCCUCGUUUCUAUGCAGCUGGAUAAUAUACUCCGGGACAAUGCUAUUCUCAGGUUGGAGGUUGAAAAGGUUAGAGUGAAUCAGAUAUAUAUGGAGAACAAGGGAAUUGUUAUCUUUCUUGUAAGCUUAAUUUUUGGAUUGGUAGCCCUUGCGAGGGUGUUCGUAGAUAUAAUGUUGAGUAUUUAUAGAUCAGAGAAUUCCGGGAAAUUUUGUAUGAUGGGCUCUUCCUGGUUUUGUCUAUUGCUGAGCUGUGGCAUUGUUAUUAUAGUUUUCUCCUUAUAAUUAUUAGUAUUAUUGUUAUUAUGUGAAGUUCGAGUAUGAUUAAUUAGUUUGUUUUUUCGGCAGCUUUGUUCAUAGAUAAGAGUCACAUUUUGUCUAUAAAAGGGAAUGAUGCAAUGAAAUCGUUCUUUUC